AUGAGCCAGGUCUUCGAGCAGAAAAUACUGAACGAUCUGGGACAAGCAGCAGGGAGACUAGAGGACGCAGAAGGGGAAGAACAACUAGCCGAGUUUGCGGCUUGGUUAGCUGGGGUUUCCGAAGAGGUAGCACAACUAUGGACCGAGACACAACCCCAAACAGUCACGGACGCAGGGCUCAAAGCGUGCACAGAUAUUCUCAGCAUGACAGAUGUGGAUCAUACCGGACAUAUGUCUUCCAUCAUCGCCCUGCGACUAUGUCUCAAUCCUGGGAUAAACCUGUUACAAUGGGAAGACAUGAUGAAGUGGCCUUGUGAUCUGUCUCCGUGGUAUGUGCCUGAGGAUGAUGAAGAUGAAGAUGAGGAUGAGGAAGAUGAUGAAGAUGGUCCCGUGUCGACGCACGAACACACUCUUCAUAACGCUCGAGAUAAAGCAAGUUUGAACCGACGUGUCCAAGAUGAUUUCCGGUCUGCAGUAGGUAGGUUAGAACAAGCUUGGGGUAAAGGUGGUUCUCAGGGAGAGAGAGGAAUAAAACAAUACGAUAAAUGGUUUAGACAACUUACUUCACGUAUAUUAGAUCUCUACGCAGAAGAUAAUCUUGAAAACUCUACUCAAACCAUAUCUUUAGAAUGCUGCGCAGCUAUAUUAUCUUUAGAUAUCCCUCAUUGGUCCGAAGGACACGUAGAGGAUAUAGUAUCUAUAAGAGCUAUUCUUAGACCUGAUCAAAUAUGGGAAGAUAAGACGAUGACUUAUGAUUACUCAUUCGACUCUGGACAAGCCGAAGGAAAAAUGAGAUGA